GAUGACGCGAAGGUCCUGAAAGAAACUGCGCAUGUGACGCAUGCUGUGCGCGGGAGCUGCUGUGAAGUAGUUGUACGUUCUUUAUCAUUUUACAUUUUAUUUGUUGAAGUGUUUUAUUUCACCUUGUGAUGUGUAAUGUGAUCAACCUAUCUUAAACACAAUGGCAUUUAACUUUGGACAAACAGGCACUGGAGGCUUCAAUUUUGGAACCCCUAAAACUACCGCUGCAGCCACCACAGGUUUCGGUGUACCUCAGGGUUCCAGCACUCCAGCAGGAGGGGGCUUCUCUUUCGGGGCCAACCAACCCCAGACUCAAAACUUUGGAAACCCACCAUCUCAGAUAGCAGGACUUCUUGCACAGCCGACACAGAACAAUGGAAGCACGCAAGGUGGAUUCGGCUUUGGAGCCCAAGCUCAGAGUACCACUGCAGGUGGAGGCUUCUCUUUUGGUGGCUCCCUUCCAAAACUCAGCACACCUGCAGCACCUCAACCUGCAACCACAGGUGUGAGUCUGGGGGCUUCAACCACUGGGACAGGCUUCUCUCUCGGGGGGCUCACCCCUCAGACAACUGCAGCCCAGCAGCCUAUGGGAGGAUUUAGCUUUGGGGCGCCCAAAGUUCAGGCUGCCUCAGUUGCCCCGGCACAGCCCACCCCUGUGCUCUCACUAGGAGUUCAACCUACCACAGGUCUGUCUCUUGGUGCUCCUACUGCUGCCUCCAUUGCUUCCACAACUGCUAUUAAUUUUGGAAUUAAAACUUCAGCUACUCCAGCCCCAGCCAGCACUGCGCUAUCUAGUCAAUCCUCGACAGCUCCAGUGUCCUCUCUGUUUGCUAAUCCUAUAGCCUCAACUCCAGUCACAGGAUUCACAUUGGGCUCCUCGACGGCAUCAGUGGCCCCUGUCAUGACCUCAGGAUCCAGUGCUCCAGCAAGCCUGUCACUGAAACCUCUAGGAGCUGUUCCUGCUAUAACCACAGCUGCUGCAAGCACAGGAGCUACUACUGGCUUUUCAUUGGGGCUGAAGACUGCAGCUUCUACUGCACUGGCCUCCACCACCGCCACCUCAACUACUGUUGUCACAGCCAGCACUGCUCCAGUGAUGUCAUAUGCUCAGCUUGAGGCUUUGAUCAAUAAGUGGAGCUCAGAAUUGGAAGACCAAGAAAGACAUUUUCUACAGCAGGCUACACAGGUCAAUGCCUGGGACCGUAUGUUGGUGGAGAACGGAGAGAAGAUAACCGCUUUACAUAAAGAUAUGGAGAAAGUGAAACUGGACCAACGAAGGCUGGAUCAAGAACUGGACUUUAUCCUUUCCCAGCAGAAAGAGCUGGAGGAUCUUCUUAGUCCGUUAGAGGAGUCCGUGAAGGAGCAAAGUGGAACCAUAUACAUGCAGAACGCAGAUGAAGAACGAGAAAGAACGUACAAGUUGGCUGAAAAUGUGGAUGCUCAACUCAAAAGAAUGUCCCAAGAUCUAAAAGAGAUUAUUGAACACCUCAACACCUCCAGUGGACCCGCUGACACUGCUGACCCGCUUCAGCAGAUCUGCAAAAUUCUCAAUGCACACAUGGACUCCUUACAAUGGGUGGAGCAAAAUUCAGUUUUACUUCAGAGGCGAGUGGAGGAGGUCUCAAAGUUGUGUGAGAGCCGCAGCAAGGAGCAAGAGAAGAGCUUUCGUUUAAACUUCCAGUGAUCAUGCAUAAUCAUGUUGUUUUUUCUUCAGUCAGAUGUAAUGAACGUCUUUGUUUUUGAUAUUUGCUUCAAAAUAAAAUUAGCUUGGUUUCCUCUUA